UUUGCUGUCAUAUUCUUGAACAAAUUUUCCGAAUGCAGUGAUUCGGCCGGCAGCUACAUUAAAAAAUGUGAAUUUUCUUCAGAAAAAGGAAUAUUAAUCACGGAAAACGUUAGUUGUUAACUACAGUUCUAUAAUUGUUACUUACCAAAGUAUUGCUACACCAGAAAGUGCAUUAACUAGUACAAAAAAAACGUAUAGCAGUAAAAUGUCGAAACUCUUAGCUCGUGUUGUUUCGCAACAGAACAAAAUUUUUCUUCACCCAAAGAGCUCCUCGCGAAGCUGGCUGAAUGCGCCCACAUUCCAGCGGGGAGCGGCCACGGGACGGACCAGCGAUCCGAUGAAAGGCAAAGGCCCCAUAACGUGGAAAAGCUUUGCCCUGAUUGCCACUGCGGGUCUUGGCAGUUUGGGCUUCAUGUGGUACGUGAAGGAUGAGAAAGAACAGGCCCUGCUGAAGGAACGUAAACGUCAGCUGGGCAAAGCUGCUAUUGGUGGUUCCUGGGAGUUGGUGGAUUCUGAUGGGAACGUUCGGAAGUCGUCCGAUUUCAUUGGCCAGUGGCUGCUGAUAUAUUUCGGAUUCACGCACUGUCCCGACAUUUGUCCGGAUGAGCUGGAAAAGAUGGCAGCCGUAGUGGAUGGAUUGGCCAAGAUGGAGGAAGCCGAACCGAUUCAGCCUCUGUUCAUCACGGUUGACCCACAUCGGGACUCGAAGGAAGUCGUUGGCAAGUACGUAAAAGAGUUCCAUCCGAAAUUGCUGGGUUUGACCGGGACCGUGGAGCAGGUGGCCAAGGUAUGCAAAGCUUUUCGAGUGUAUUUCAGCGCUGGUCCGAAGGAUCAGGACGAAGACUACAUUGUGGAUCACACGAUCAUCAUGUAUCUUGUGGAUCCCAAUGGACAGUUUGUGGAUUACUAUGGUCAGAAUCGUGAUAAGGAACAGGUUAAGAAUUCAAUAGUCAUCAACAUGGCAAAGUUCAAACAGAUGAACAAAAAAUCUUGGUUCUAAGUAUGUAAGUUGUAAGUCUUUUCAUACUGUACAUAGCUAGACUGUAUCAGUUUCUGCCGAUUUGUAGAUAAACGGUUCUGUUAGACACCGUA